UCGUCAGUAUGUCCGCGAGCCAGCGAGCCUGCAGUAGUGCAGUAUAGGCUCAAAGAUGGCCACGUAUAGUUGAAUUGAUGAUGAUCUGUCAAAUAUCAGCAGGAAAUCGAGUGGCUUGGUUCGCGAAUAAUAAAAAAUCGUAGAGGCAGUGUCGCGAAAUGCAGCCGUGAUCCAAGUGUGCUUUCAGUCGUCCGACGCCGCUGGACGAUUAGACUGUGAUCGUCCUCGCGGGCGACGAAGGUUACGCGACGAGACGAUAAGGUUAUUUACUCCCUCGCUGUUUGUGUUGUUCGAUGUGUUGCUUGCCGUUUUUCGCCUGCUCACUAGGCGGAACGAUUAUUCCCGAGAUAUUCGCUUCGCGCACCGAGUUGUCGUUGGCUCCUGCUGCAGGAUCAUGUCGCGGGCAUCGAACAGUACGCAGUGCGAGCCCGUCGCCACGUACAUGGACGGGGUGCAGGUGAAAAUAGCCGAGGCCUACAAGCCACCCCCGAAAGUCCUGCCGCCAGCAGCUUUCUACAACAAGCUCCCCGAUGUCUCCAAGUGCAGCUACGACUUCAGCUUGGAGAAGAGCGUGCUCGAGAAGAUGAAAGAGUGGCGAAAAGUUCGGCUUUCUUAUUCUGAAGCUAGACAUGUCAGACUUGAGGAAAAACGCAAGAGGGAAGCUGAAAAGUCACCUGCCCCCUCAUCUCCGAGUCCUGAUACAGCGACACUUCCUGUCAAGGUGGCUCCAGCUCCUGAAGCAACAAUAUUGACACCUCAGCCAUUGUCCUUCCCAGCUAAUGGCGUCCAGAAUCAUGUGAAACUCAAUGGUCUUGAUGAUUACUCCUAUUUCGAUAACGAUACAAGUAGUCCUUUUGAUAACAUGGAGUUAAAGACUAUUAACGAGAUGGAAGAGUUAGCACAGGUACUACAAGCUACUACAUCGCAAUGGGCACCUCCUAGUUCAAAUCUUGAAGGUAUGAUGAAUGAUUUGGCAAUGGAACAAAAUGUAGAUAAAGUUCAAGAAGAAGAAAAGGUAAAUGAAUAUAAGGAAAAUGAGGAGCCUGUUCCAAAUAAACACAUAGAUGCUAGGCAACGUAUGGUCUCUUUAAUUGUUCAAGAACUGCAAAAAGAAUUAGAACGACCUAAUAACGAGAACCGACAGCCUUGGCCUGAUCUGGAAAGUCCUGUUACAGAAACAAGUCCAGAGACUUGUACAGAAAAUUCUUCUACAGUCAAUAAAAAAGAGCUAGCAAGGAUUCUAGCAGAUUUAUCUUCUGAAGAUCAAGAACUGGCAAAACGUUUAAGUGAUAUGGGAUUUCCUUUGUCCAGAGUAACACGUGCGAUUCGCGAUUUGGAAGGACAAGAUAAUAAAAAAAUUGUAGAAUAUUUGUUAGCCAUUCAGUCCCUUGAGGAUUUUGGAAUGUCAGAGGAAGCUGCUGUAAAGGCUUUAGCAUUAACCCAGUACGAUCAAGAUAAAGCCAAAGUGUAUUAUGAAAGUUUGUGUACUCUUAGAGGCUUGGGCUUUCCCGAAGACAAAGCAUCUAUGGCAUUGUUGAAAUGCAACAUUGAUCAAGACAGUGCUCUUGAUUUAUUAACUGCUUAAUUCUACGCUGUUGCAAUGAACUGUAAAUAAGUGUUUAUCGAGUUGCAGGCUCGAUACUAAUCAGAUUUUAUUAAAAUGUUGUGACGUAACUGUUUGCUGAUUAGUAAUUAGUUGCAAAAUUGCGCAAAAUCACUUUUAUACUUGUAAAAUACUUUCUUGAUCAUUUUUGUAUGAAUGCGAGGUAAUUAAAUUUUUUCAACGAGCGCAAGACAACUCUGGCUCAUAUUUAAAAUUUUAUAAUGUGGAGUGCAAGCUGUACUUGAGUUGCUUAGAAACGUUGCAUUUAUGCAUAAUUGAAACACUCGUGUAAAUAAUAAAUUUGAUUACUCAUAACUAAAAGAAAUAGAGUCAAUAGUAAAA